AUUCGAUACGACGACGAUGGGAAAAAAACGCAGGAUUGAGAAUAAACCUUGGUGCUGGUACUGCGAGAGAGAAUUCGAAGACGAUAAAGUUCUAAUCAGUCACCAAAAGGCUAAGCAUUUCAGGUGCUCACUCUGUCCACGUAGAUUGAACACGGCGAAUGGUUUGGCUGUCCACGUGCAGCAAGUACACAAACUGGAAGCUGAUAGGAUAGAGAAUGCUUUACCCGGCAGGAGCACAUUCGAGAUUGAGAUUUUCGGUAUGGAGGGUGUACCAGCACACGAUAAGGCGGAAUACGAUCGUCGUAGAGCUGAGGCACGAGGAAUUGACCUUAACAAGAAGAAUCAGCCAGCCAAGCGCAAGCGUAUAUUUAAGGGCGUGAUCAGUGACGCCGAUUUCUACGUACAAUUACAAGGACAUCGUCAUAUCAUGAGCGGCGGUAGGAUGCCAGCACCACCAGGAGCAGUACCUACUCAGAACCCUCAAAAUGCACCACCACCAGGUGUCCUACCACCUCCAGUUGCACCUGGCGUGACGCCCCCAGUACCACCAAUUAGUUGAACAGAUUGAUUUCAUGUGUAAUUAUAUAAAUUAAGAGCUUAUAUACAAUUUGUAGCUUUUUAUAAGAUAACAAUGCGGAUUUAUAACUGAUUAGCGC